AGAGAGACGUAUGCGGAACGAUCCCAUCAUCGGAGAGAGUGUGACAAGACAGAUAUCCGAGUAUCAAGCAAAGGGAUAUAUCCACAAAGCUACUCGGGAAGAACUCGAUGAGGCGGAUCCACGGCGUACGUGGUAUUUGCCGUUAGGGGUUGUCAUCAAUCCGAAGAAACCGUCAAAAAUUCGAAUUUUCUGCGAUGCGGCGGCAAAAGUGGACGGAGUCUCACUCAAUACGAUGCUGCUAAAAGGGCCAGAUCUUCUGCGGACGUUGCUGGAUGUUCUUUUCGGUUUCCGGGAGAAGCGCAUAGCUCUGUGUGCAGAUCUUAAGGAAAUGUUCCACCAGAUACGGAUUCAUCGUGAUGAUCGACAUGCGCAACGUUUACUGUGGCGAGAGGACGCCACUCAGGAACCAGAAGUGUAUUUGAUGGAUGUGGCCACGUUUGGAGCAACGUGUUCGCCAUGUUCGGCGCAAUACGUUAAAAAUGUAAACGCCGAACAGUAUUCAGAAGCAUAUCCGGCCGCAGCAAACGCUAUAAUUCGGAAGCAUUAUGUGGACGAUUAUUUGGACAGCGUUGACGACGUUGAAGAAGCUGUGAAAUUGGCGCUAGAGGUCAAGUACGUCCAUUCCCAAGGUUGGUUUCAUUUACGGAACUGGCUGUCGAACUCCAAAGAGGUGCUAGCACGAGUCGGAGAAAGCGAUCCAGCAACGAAGAAGUGUCUCCAGCUAGAUAAAAACGGCUCAACAGAACGCGUACUUGGGAUGUACUGGAGGCCUGAUGAAGAUGUCUUCACAUUUUCGUCUACCUUGGCAACGGAAACAAAGCACCCGACCAAACGACAAGCCUUGCGAGUAGUUAUGAGCCCGUUCGAUCCAGCAGGGCUAUUAUGCUUCUUCCUGAUUCAUGACAAGAUACUGAUUCAGGACCUGUGGCGAGCAAAGACUGAUUGGGAUCAACUGAUCCCGGAGAAAUUACUUGAAAAGUGGGAACGGUGGACUUAUUUGUUUCGCUAUCUGGACCAGAUUAAAAUCCCGCGCAGCUAUUUCCCGCAUCAUUCGGCGAAGGAUAUCGUAUCGUUGCAGUUGCAUGUCUACGUGGAUGCCAGCGAAGAGGCGUACGCUUGCGUGGGGUAUUUGCGUGCGGUGUUUCCUGACGAGAUAAAGGUAGCUCUGGUAGGAGCAAAGUCGAAGGUAGCUCCGUUAAAAGCGCACUCGAUUCCUCGUCUAGAGCUAAUGGCUGCAGUCAUCGGUGUACGUUUGGCAAAAUCCAUACUCAAUGGUCACUCGCUGAUAAUUGAGAAAGUUUCCUACUGGAGUGAUUCGAAGACAGUGUUGGCCUGGAUUAACUCGGACCACCGCAACUAUCGACAGUUCGUCGCUUGCAGAGUGGGUGAGAUUUUAUCCAAAUCAAAAGCUGAGGAUUGGCGAUGGGUACCAACGAAGAAAAACGUGGCAGACGAUGCGACCAAGUGGGGGAAUGGCCCCCAUCUGUCUGCGGAUAGUCGUUGGUUUCGCGGGGAAGAAGAGCUGUAUCUGCCAGAAGAACUUUGGACAACGAGCACGUAUUCAACCAAUGAGACAACCGACGAAGAACUUCGAUCCUGCUUGAUACAUCGCGGAGCGAUAAUAGUCCAAUUUGUGGAAUGGGAGCGGUAUUCCAACUGGAAGCGUUUGCAUCGCACAGUAGGACACGUUCAUCGCUACGUUCGAAAUUUGCGGCGGAAGGUGAACAAAGAACAACUGCAUAACGGUCCGCUUACGCAGGAGGAGCUUCUGAAGGCCGAAGCAACCAUUUUCCGUUGGAUCCAGACUGAACGAUAUCCUGAUGAAGCCACGGCUCUGGACAGCGUUGAAGGCAAGCAGUCAAAUCGACAAGUGCGUCUGGAGAAGUCUAGCACGAUUCGCAAGUUGUCGCCGUACCUGGACGAAGCCGGAGUCAUUCGUUCAGAUAGUAGGAUCGUCGCAGCAGCAUUUGCAUCAUAUGACACGAGGUGUCCUAUAGUCUUGCCCAAGGAUCAUCGGGUGACGCGGAUGCUAGUCGCAUGGUAUCACGAAAAAUAUCUUCACGCAAAUAACGAAACCGUAGUUAACGAGGUGAGGCAACGUUUCCACAUCUCUCAACUGCGGUCACUUGUGCGCAACGUUUCUAAGGAGUGUACGACCUGCAAGGUGAAGAAGUCAACUCCAGCGAUACCCCGAAUGGCACCACUCCCUGUGGCCAGGUUACAGCCAUACGUACGUCCCUUUUCAUACGUGGGUAUCGACUACUUUGGUCCCAUUGCCGUCAAAGUGAACCGUAGUUCUGCCAAACGGUGGGUCGCACUGUUCACUUGUAUGACUACCAGAGCAGUACACCUCGAGGUCGUUCACGCUCUUUCAGCAGAAUCGUGUAAGAUGGCGAUCAGACGAUUCAUCGCACGCCGAGGAGCUCCAGUCGAGAUCCGCAGCGAUAGAGGAACGAAUUUCGUGGGUUCGAGCAAUGAACUGAAGAUGGAGAUGAGCACAAUCGAUCGUAAGCUAGCGGAAACAUUCACUAACGCAAACACCAAUUGGGUGUUUAACCCACCAGGAGCUCCCCAUAUGGUUGGAGCAUGGGAGCGACUUGUGCGAUCGGUGAAAACUGCGCUAGCCGCAAUGGAUACUCCACGAACACCAAAUGAAGAGUCUUUAGCGACAGUGCUGGCCGAAGCUGAGAGUGUGGUGAACUCGAGGCCCCUUACUUAUAUUCCUCUGGAGACAGCUCAGCAGGAAUCUCUAACACCAAACCAUUUUUUACUGAUGAGCUCAAAUGGUGUAGCACAGACACCGAAAACAUUGGCGGACCCGAAACAAGUAAGCAGGAAUGAUUGGAAUCUAUGCAGAACGUUGGUAGAUCAGUUCUGGCGUCGGUGGGUGCGAGAAUAUCUACCGACAAUCGCACGUCGGACGAAAUGGUUCGACGAGGUGAAACCAAUCCAGGUUGACGAUUUAGUUCUAAUAGUCGAGGAGAAAAUACGUAACGGAUGGAUUCGAGGACGAGUAGCUGAACUCAUCAUUGGGCGUGAUGGACGAGUCCGUGCUGCGGUCGUACAGACUGCUGGUGGUAUGGUACACCGACCAGUGUCAAAGUUGGCGCGGUUGGAUGUAGCAGCGAGUAAAGCUGGACCGGAGUUACCUGACCAGCCUUACGGGUCGGGGAGCUGUUACGGCAGUUCGCACCGAUCCCUCAUAACUACGCCAACGUCGGAGCGCCCCUCGGAAGAUUGUCACAGUGACAACUGAAGUUGUCAUCGAUGGCAUAUGAGAAUGGAAGAGAAACAAUAUGAAGAGGGAAGAAUGAUCUAUGCAUGGUAGUGAAGUGGACCGCAUUUGUGAAUUUGGCGAAGUUUAAUAAUUAUUUUUCACGUAAUUUUGCUUAUUUCAAAUAUUGAAAAAUCGUGGCAAACCGCCAAAUCGUAUUCUAUACAUAUAUCCUAUCACUGGAAGAUUGAUUCUGAGUUGAGGUUAAAAAACCGUGAGUUGCUGAAUUGGAACUAAAAUCAUGAAUUAUAGUUAAUAGAUGCAUUAUGAACUUUUUGUAGCUCACUAAUCGGACUCAGCUAGGAUAUUUAUGAUAACUUGUUGGGAUUUGAAAGGGAUCAAGAGAUACCGAUGUAAGUAGUUGCGUAAGAAACAAUAUCAAGAUUCUAAUAAAUUUUAAUAGCUUUUAGCUCUACACCCACAAAUCAAGGUGUUUGCUCAAAGGACUUCUCAAGCCCUACCUCCCAACAGG